AUGCUGCGCCAUGUGCUACGCCACGAGAACAACAGGAUUUUCGUGCUGAUUCUGUUGUACUGCGUCCUGGUUAGCCUGCUGAAGCUGUGCAUGGCCCAGGCGGACGGCGCGGCGGCGGGUGCCAACGAUAACGAUAUCGGACAUCUGGGCGACGAUUGCCAGGUAACGCCCGUCAUCCAUGUCCUGCAGUAUCCGGGCUGUGUGCCCAAGCCGAUACCCUCGUUUGCCUGUGUGGGUCGCUGUGCCAGCUAUAUACAGGUGUCGGGCAGCAAGAUCUGGCAAAUGGAGCGUUCCUGUAUGUGCUGCCAGGAGUCGGGCGAGCGUGAGGCGGCCGUCUCGUUGUUCUGUCCCAAGGUCAAGCAUGGUGAGCGCAAGUUUAAGAAAGUCCUCACAAAGGCGCCGCUAGAGUGCAUGUGCCGCCCGUGCACCUCGAUUGAGGAAUCGGGUAUUAUUCCCCAGGAGAUCGCUGGCUACUCGGACGAGGGUCCGCUCAACAAUCAUUUUCGACGAAUUGCCUUGCAGUAA